CCUCUAUUGUUAAGCACAAGUGUCCACAGCAGCUCAUCCAGAUACAGGCACCCAUCAUGUCCGACAAACCAGAUUUUGCAGAAAUUGAGACAUUUGACAAGACCAAGCUGAAGAAGACAGAAACCAGAGAGAAAAAUCCACUGCCCACUAAAGAAACUAUCGAACAGGAAAAGCAAAGUGAAAGUACAGCCUGAGUGUAAGGCUGAAUAUGUGACUGCUGCUUCUUCAGUGGGGUUUUGGCUUCGAGGUUGGGUUGUUUGUUUUGUCCCUCCCACCCCCCAAAAUGGGUUUGUUGCCCAUUUAUUUUAGCAAACAUUUGCUCAUUUAAUGUUCCCCGGGGAAUAAGUUUGGUUUGUGUUUGUUCAACAAGAGGCUGUGUAUUGGUACUCUUAAAACUGUAAUCCCAAGUAUCAACCCCAUCACUUGCCAAAAAAAGUACAAUUUGCAUAAAAAUUGUUGUCGUAAGCCUCACAAUAAACAGGUUUCUUCUGA